AUGAAUGAUUUGGGACAAGAUUUAUAUAAGAAGAGAUACACACUUUACCGCUCCAGCACCGGUCACAGUGAACUUCACCUGGUUUGUUCUGGGAGUUAUGGUCGUGGCUAUUCCCGUGCUCAGUGGGCCUGGACACCUCGUCCCCUUCAACAGCUGAAAGUAAUAGCAUCUGCAGACCGUUCUCAGCCCAUCAUCACCAAUGUCAAUGGGACCAACUUCGUGAAUCGACUGGUGACCUCAGGGAAACUCUUCGAUGGCAAGGAUUUCAAUGUGAGGAUUGUCCCCGUUGUGUUUCAAGAUGCCGGAGUUUACGUCUGUUAUCUGGAAUCAAAUCCAUUUAUCAGCAUUGAUCUAAUCACAGUGAAAGUCACAGCUGAACCGUCUGAUGCAGUGACUGAGGGAGACAACGUUACCCUGACCUGCUAUGUGUCUCGUGUCAUUGGGUCAAUGAGACUGGUUUGGAUCAAUGGCGAUGGCAAACGUGUUGGAGAAAAGGCACUGACUGAGGAAGAGAAAUCACCGAGUCUGGUUAUUCAGAAAGCUGAGAGAGGGAAUUACACUUUCAUUAUCAAAUUUGUUGGAAUUAUCGGAGGCCUGGCUCUUCUCCUCGUCAUUGUACUGGCAGGGGUGUGGUAUCAAAGAAGGCGCAAGCCUACAGGUAAGACAUGA